AGAGUUACCCCAUGUCCAAGGAGUUGGCAACAUCUAGUCAAGAACUGAAUGUGUGCAGGGAGCAGCUUCUUGCCAGAGAAGAAGAAAUUGCUGAGCUGAAAGCAGAGAGGAACAACACCAGGCUGCUGCUGGAGCACCUGGAGCUCCUGGUUUCCCAGUACGUGCCAUCCCUCCGGAUGACAGCGGACAAGCAGCAGGCGCAGUCCCCAGCCGGCAUGAUCAGCGAGGUGGAGGUGCUCAGGGCGCUGAAGUGUCUAUUUGAGCACCACAAGGCCCUGGACGAGAAGGUGCAGACCCAGAGGGAGCAGGACUGGGAGUGUGCACAGCAGGCCCACAUGCCAGCCACUGUGGUCCAGGCCAUCGAGAGAGACGAGGGCGUGUCUGACAGCGAGGGCGAUCGGGUCACCCUCCUCAGCUCGGCCACUCAGCUGCCGCCCAGCGGGCAGGCCGAUGCUGAGACUCUGCCUCCAAUGAAUGCUUCAGGAGCAGCUGGACGCCAUCAACGAAGAGAUCUGGUGGGUGUGCCCGAAUUCUGCUCCCCAGAAACUGGGCUUCCUGAGGAGCUGUCUUCUCCUAGGAGAAGUCUGAGUGUUCCAUAGUGAGAAAACAGACUUCAGGCCUGCUUCAAGGAUUUUCAGUUCUGAGAUCGCCCUUGAUGAGACGGCUGAGUCAACCAGGGCGUUCUGUCC